CAGUUUUGUUUGGAUAGCCCAACGGGUUGCAGCGGCGAUGAGGCAAAUGCCCCGGCUAACGGACGCAACUCCGAUGGAAGGGCAACAAUAGCCACUGUAAUUGCAGCGUUCAAUUAGGGAGGUACAAAGCGACAGCGACACAAAGACAUCGUCAGCAUGUCGCACUUGCUGAGGCGCACCAAGAAGUCCUGUCUGAAGUUCCUGCGCAAGAUAUCGACUUCAAAGCAGCUCUUUGUCCAGCGGCUGGACGAGGAGGACGGGGACGACGAGGAGGUGGAGGAGGAGCUCAACCUGCAGCGAGAUCUGGAGCUGGAUGUGAACAGCAACUGUCCGGUGACGGAGGCCAUCUACGAAGAGCUGCAGCUGAGCGAGUGCAACCAGGCCUUGGACUUGGCCACCUCCAAGGAGGUGGAGGUGGAGGAACUGCAGCCAGCGGCCAAGCAUGACCUGCGCACCAAAUACAUGAUGAGCUGCGGCAACUACGAGGUGUUGGACACACCACUAACGACCAUCGAGUUCGAGCGGGUGAAAUACAAGGCGAAUGUACGCUACCUGCGGCACACGCCCUCCAAUUCCAGUCUGGAUCUGCAGCUGGAGGAACAGAAGGAGGAGCAGCCAGAGCAGCAGCAGCAGCAGCAGGCUACUCCGCGGAAACAGCAAGUGCUGCAGCAGGCAACUCCUAGGAAACAACAAGUGCAGCAAAGGAUUCCCACGCCCAGCCGCUACCAUCCCUGCAGUAUCAGCCUGGGCUCCAAGCUGGAGGGCAACUACCACAGCGUGGUGAUCAUGGAGCCACCGCACGACGACUUCCCCAUUGUUAAGUGGGACAUCAACGGGAACUCCCUGGACGACGACGCCUGCGAUCGCUGGGAUGACUUCGAAGCCAGGUGGCGGCAGGCGGCGGCGGCCACCAGAUCCCUCUCCCAGUCGCAAAAGUCCAGCCACCAGUCCAGCUCCUGCACCCUGGAGACCUGGGUGGACGACACGGAGCCCCUCAGCCUGGAGCUGCACCGACACGACAAUGCAGUAGGCGGAAACAACUGCAAUCUUUGCCUUAGGAGCUUCUGAGACCGGAAACGGACACUCGGCGGCUUUGUAACCUCCACUUUGCGUCCAGCGAUAGAGCACGAAAACCAGUCUUGUGAGAAUUACCUACAUACGAGUAUAUUAUACAUAUAUGUAAUCGAGUAUUUGAGUCGGUAGACCGCAAUUUUCAUUAUAGAAAGUUGUUUUCGAGAAUAUCCAUUAACAAUAAAGUGUGUAUGUGUGUGCGGCGCCAUACCUUUGGCUCCAUACCUUGAGUAAUGCACUUCAGAAUGCGAAUACGAAUGCGAAUGCCCUGUGCCCCGUGGGUGGGAGUAAGUUCAUCGCCCACCCAUCCAUCCAUCGAUCCAUUCCGGCGCACGACCCGCACGUGUGCUGGACGCUCGUGAGAAUCCGUAGACCUUUGGCUUUCCCA